CUGGCCUGGCGGGUGUGGAGCGUCGGUAGGAGCUGGGCGCGCACGGUUACCGCGCGUGGAGGAGACACUGCCCUGCGGCGAUGGGUGCCAGGGGCGCUCCUUCACGCCGGAGGCAGGCGGGCCGGCGGCCGCGGUACCUGCCCACCGGGAGCUUUCCGUUUCUGCUCCUUCUGCUGCUUCUCUGCAUCCAGCUCGGCGGAGGACAGAAGAAAAAGGAGAAUCUUUUGACCGAAAAAGUAGAACAGCUGAUGGAAUGGAGUUCCAGGCGCUCCAUCUUCCGAAUGAAUGGUGACAAAUUCCGAAAAUUUAUCAAGGCGCCACCUCGAAACUACUCGAUGAUCGUUAUGUUCACUGCUCUUCAGCCUCAGCGGCAGUGCUCUGUGUGCAGGCAAGCCAAUGAGGAAUAUCAGAUCCUGGCUAACUCCUGGCGCUAUUCGUCUGCGUUCUGUAACAAACUCUUCUUCAGUAUGGUGGACUAUGACGAGGGAACAGACGUUUUUCAACAGCUCAACAUGAAUUCUGCUCCUACAUUCAUGCAUUUUCCUCCAAAAGGCAGACCCAAGAGAGCUGAUACUUUUGACCUUCAAAGAAUUGGAUUUGCAGCUGAACAACUAGCCAAGUGGAUUGCUGACAGGACGGAUGUUCAUAUUCGCGUCUUCAGGCCACCCAACUACUCGGGCACCAUUGCCCUGGCCCUGUUAGUCUCGCUUGUUGGCGGUUUGCUCUAUUUAAGAAGGAACAACCUGGAGUUCAUCUAUAACAAGACCGGUUGGGCCAUGGUAUCUCUGUGUAUAGUCUUUGCUAUGACUUCUGGCCAGAUGUGGAAUCACAUCCGUGGACCUCCGUAUGCUCAUAAAAACCCGCACAAUGGACAAGUGAGCUACAUUCAUGGAAGCAGCCAGGCCCAAUUCGUGGCAGAGUCACACAUUAUUCUGGUACUAAAUGCUGCUAUCACCAUGGGGAUGGUUCUUCUAAAUGAAGCAGCAACAUCCAAAGGAGAUGUUGGGAAAAGACGGAUCAUUUGUCUGGUGGGACUGGGCCUGGUGGUCUUCUUCUUCAGUUUUCUACUUUCCAUAUUUCGUUCCAAGUACCACGGCUACCCUUACAGUGAUCUGGACUUUGAGUGAGAAGAUGUGAUUUGGACCAUGGCACUUUAAAUCUGUAACCUCAGCUUUUUAAUUAAAUGAAGCCAAGUGGGAUUUGCAUAAAGUGAAUGUUUACCAUGAAGAUAAAGUGUUCCUGACAUACUGGUUUGAAUUCUUGAGUUCAUUUCCUUGCUCACUGUGAUAAUCCAGCUUAUUCCUGUAUCAUUUUUUAAAAUGUAAGUUUUCCUGGGAAACUUAAUGUAUAGAAGUGGAUGGUUGAAUUUAAUAUGGAAAGAACAGAGGAAACACUGAAGUGUUUUUCAAGCUUAUUAUAUUCAGUGUAUGCUAUAGGACUGAAAUAAAUGACAGUGUAAUUAUGAAUUCAUGUUUUAAAACUGUUCUCUCAUUAUUAAAGAAAACUCCAAUGUUAGUAAGGGAAAACUAUGAAAUGUAUCUUCAGCAAUUCUUGGGGCUGUACAGAGUUAAGGUGUAUGCAUGAAAAUAUGUCAUGUACUGAACAAUUAUACCUACUGCAGUCUCAGUAUAAAGGACGUGUAUGGUUACAAAUAGUGUUUUGUUCUUAUUGAUGGUAACCAGGUAACAGAGACAGGACAGGAGCUGGAUGCACAGUGCUUGGAUGCCUGCCCUGGGAAACAGAGGUUCUUCCCAGGAUGUGACCUAAAGCUAGCAUGACUAAAUCAACCUACUGCAAAGGCGUCAGGCAAAGGAAGUGACACACCACAACUAGGAAUUAUAUUCUCUCACUUUGCAAUUGUCACCCAAGAAUCCAAACGUACAAACCACAGAACUAACCCGCUACGGCCAUUUCCCGCUUGUGUUUUAUGGAAGAAGCUAGCCAUCAAAACCUUAUUCCCUGAAUCUAGAAAGAGAUUAGUUAUCCUAAUACGAGCAAGUGACUCGGUGAAGCUUUCUUGAAAAUCAAAUACAGGCGUAUAACCACUGUUAUGUUUGUAUAUCCUGUUUUAGUUCAUGAAGCAUCUGCCCGUACGUUAUGGUAUUUUUUUCUGAACAACAAUCUGUAAAUUAGAUGGAAAUUUUGAUAGGAAAUGUAAAUCUCUCUGACUUACUCAAGUACCAGAAGAUGAAACC